GUGUUGCCUAGCAUUGGAUUGUGUAAUAAUUCUUACUGCAGCUUUUUGUUGGGUUAUUAUUGGAUUUAGGUGGGUAAUAGCUGUUGAUCCCCAAGCACAAAUGGCAUAUGCGAAGUAGGGAUAGAAGAGUGAAUAGUACUAACUGGGUGCACUACCAACUAAGCUAAGUUACUACUUUACCCCUCGAGGGAGGCUUCUUGAAGCCAGAGAAGGGAUCUUGAUCCAUGGAAUUGGACUUAUCCUUCCCUUCAAUGGAUCAAGUAUAAAUGCCCCCCAUUUCCCUCAGGCCCUGUAUUACUCCCACAGGUUUAGCAUUUGCCAUAAAUAUAACAAUAAAGGACUUAUGUAAUAUAAUUUGGAUUUAUGCAAAGUUAAUAACCUAGAAAAUGUUUAAAUCAAUCACCUCAUUAACAAGGUAAUUAUUGCAUUAUUUUAGUACUACAUAAGAAAACAGAAAUGAAGGAACAGAAGGCCUACUGGUCCAUGCAUGGCAGGUUUAACUCUCAUCCAUCCACACCCAUUCAUAUAUCUGUCCAGUUUAUAGUUCAUGUUCAGCAUGUAUGAUCCUUGUGGGUUUAGCACUUAGUUUUGAAUGUAAUAAUUGUAAUUAUAUAGUUCAAUCUACUCAAAGUUCUUGCCACAGUGACAUAACUUGCGAGUUCCACUCAUCUGCAACUCUACUGCUAAAAUAGUACUUCCCUAUAUGACUAUUCCUGGUUUCCAUUUGUAUACCUUUCAUCUCCCCAAAUUCUGUCUUUCCAGAGAAUGCAAGAUCAGUGCCUUUAGCUCAUCUUUCUAGGAAAGGUUUCUUAUAUAUGGGAUCAACUUUAUUCUUCUUAUCUGUUUAUUUUUCUGCACAUUUAUGUACAUUGUGGGCCUGUCUUUUCUCCCCUAAUCUUAUUUCUUAUACCAUUUGGGCUGGUUACAUUUUACAGUACCUACAAUUUAUGUACAUACACCACAGAAUAAGUCAGAUAAGAUAAGAUUUUGUUUGGAUUUUUAUUCCUGGAGGGUUAACCACCCAGGAUAACCCAAGAAAGGCAGUGCGUCGUCGAGGGACUGUCUGUCUUAUUUCCACUGGGGUCCUCAAUCUUCGCCCCUAGGAUGCAACCCAUCCAAGUCGACUAGCACCCAGACAUGGGAGUCCAAUUAGGUCGAGCAAGAGAGUUUGUGAGGAGGAACAUUGUGCUGCUUGUUAUGCUGCCAACGAUCAUUGGUUUACACUACAGCUGGCAAAAGAUUCAAGAUAUUGAAUUGUUUGUACCCAAGCAGCAACGCAAGGAUCUGCCAGUUAUCCAGGGUGCCAAGUAUAUUGAACAAGAGUUGAAGAAUAAACUAGGACUCAAAAAGGAAUAGUGGUCUUCUUCAUUCUGUAUAUAUUUGUUAAUAUGUCAAGUGUGCGCUUAGAUGAAGAGCGUGUGAGGGGCAUAUACUGCCAUAGUGUGCAAGACCUGGCAUAUAUCUCAAUGUUAAAAGAGUACCGGAAACUACUUUUCUCAGCGUAUGGACCACGGGGCAGUUCUAUUUUGAUAUCUAAUGCUGUAGGGAGGGAAACAUUGGCUGCAUCUUCAUCUGAAAUCAUUAAGGAGUUAUCAUUUGCCCAUCCAAGUGUGAAAUAUAUUAAUGCCCUGAUAAGUGCCCAGAAUGCAGCAUGUGGCCUUAAUGGUCUCUACACUGGGAUGCUCUGUGUCAGAUUAUUAGAAGAAUCCCUCAUAUGUGAGCAGGACAUCCCUCACCGUGUAGUAAGUGAUGUGUCUGAAUGGAUUAUAUCUGAACUAUUGGAACUCCUAACUCAGUCACCUGAUGAGGUUACCAUGGACUUGGAUGUUGGGGACAUGCAACAAGUUACAUCUUUUGUUCAAACUAUUCUUGGAGCAAAGAAUUGUUUAGGUCUUAACAAAGUGGCACUUGAUGAUCUCAGUCUGAACAUUGUUAAAGCCUUUCUGAAGAGCAUCCCAAAUGAAUAUUCUUCAGGUGGUUUUGGCCAUGUUACUGUGAGCACCCAAGAGAGAUCUUCAUCUAUAAAUUCCAAAGUCUUUGAUGGUGUCCUAUAUAGGGAGCCAGACAUCAGUCUUCGAAAAAUUGAAAAAUUAAAAGGAGUAGGCAAUAUCAAUAUUGUGCUUUUUACUGUACCCAUAUUAUAUGUGGAAGGGGAGACAAUAUCUGUGUGUUGGAGAGCAAGUGAAACAAAAGAAAAGUGCUUCAUAAAUAAGGUUCUUCUUUGUCUUCUUUCAUGUAUGAAGAGGAGGAAUAUCCACAUUCUUGCCAACCAAAAGCCAGUACAUCCAGUCAUAAAGUUUGAACUAGAAAGAGAAGGAUUUUUGGUGCUAGAAAGAAUGGGUACAAAAUUAUCUGAAGCUGUAACCAAACUAAGUGGUUGCCAGGCCAUCAGCAAUUUAGCUAAUCUAACUCUGGAAAUGAAUACUGCUGUUCUUGGGAAGUUAAACACAGUAGAGCACAUUAAUUACAGUGGGAAAAGUUAUAUUCUGCUUGACCAUGCUGAGGGCUCAGUUUCAACUCUCUUACUUCCUGUGACAAGCCCAAGCACUCUAACAACUCUCAAGGAGACAACAGAGAGUUGCCUGGCAGCCUUGAGGAUGGUGGUGGUUGAUGGUAAGGUGGUGGCUGGUGGAGGAUGUCUGGAGGCAUGGGCUGCCACCCAGGUCAGCCAACUCAUUAACACAAACAUGCAACACUUGACCGAUCUUACAGAUGCCUCACCUUACCAUAUCUUGAAAGUAGCAAGCGCAUUCAUUCGUGUAUUCAUGGAAUUGGCUCUACAGCCCAGAGGUGGAUCCUCAACAAGGUUUGACUGGUCUGUGGACUCUGUUUUCCACCAUUUGUGGCACACCCAGCCACAGAUUUCAAGAGAAGAUGGUAGUGGAAGCUGCAGUAUGCAGGCCUCACGUGCUUCCCCUCAUAGUUGCAUGUGUGGCUUGGUAAAGGAAGACCUUGUAAAGUAUAAAUAUAAUGGAUCAUGGAAUCCUGUUGAGUUUCAGUUGCAUCACGACUUCACACUCCAAAAUUCCAAAUCUACUAAAAGUGGAGGAUGCAGCAAGGCCGCUAAGUCUCCGAGAAGUGCAGGUGAUCUGAACAUUAAAUUAAAUGCAGACAGUACACAGAGCAAUAAUUCAUCAUUGAGUGACUUUGGCUUCCAUAACCUUGACUUAGAAGUUGACAGCUUGGAAGAGGCAGAGUGCACAACUGAAGAUGAAGUUGAUAGUCUUGAGAAAAUUAUAAACAGUCAAGAGGAAGAAAUUGAUAGUUUAGAGGGUAAACUAGACAGCUUUGAUGCUGAAGAAGACAUGGACAGUUUAGAAGAUAUGCUGGAUGGAAUUAUUGAGCAAAGCAAUAUAAAUGACAAGGAGCAUUUGAAAGUCAAACUUGAGACACGAGUACAGCAAGCAUUAUAUGACAGCUUCCCAGCAAAGUACAAUGCCAUUAGACUUGCCCUUGAAGGCUUUACCCAGUUGUUUCAUGUUGGUCAGUGUGUGUUUGAUAAGUGACUUGAAUAUAUUAACCUGCUUACUGCAUAAAUGGAAUGAGAACAUUUUCCUCUCCCAAGUAAAUCACUUUUUUUUGUGACCUUCAAGAAAAUUAUUUUAAGCAGCCUGCCAUUUUCUCUAGAAUCCACCCAUUGUACCGACUGCAACAACCAGGAGCACCAAAACUCUUAUCUAAAUAGAUUGCAGUCUUUUGUAACUAACUUCAACAACCAACCACAUCACACAUGAACUAUGGAGCCUCUUGCUGAGUGACAACACAUGUAUCCUCUCCUUAUGGUGGUUCCACACUAACUAGGCCACAGGCAAGCUUGCUUAUAACUCAUAAAAGCUGAUAGCCUACCCUCACAAAUUUUACCAAAAAUUCCAAAUGAAUUUUGGAAAAAUAAAGCUGCUUUAUUUUUAAUACCACCAGCAUAUUAUUUUUUUAGCUUAUAUGUACAUAUAUGAAAAUAACAUGUAUGUUGAAUAUUUCUAAACAAUGUUAUGCCAGAAUGUCAAUUAUUUAUAGUAUUUCAAAUUUGGAGCAGAGAUGUCAUGUUUAAAAGUGAUUUGUAGUGUGAAUAUACAGAGAUUUUAGAGCAUAAAAAUUAAAAGAUGACAUGGGGUUUUUGAAGUGGUUUGGGCAUGUGGAGAAUAGAAAAGGAUAGGAUGAUGAAGAAUGUAUUUAAAUCUGGGGUGGAAUAUAUGAUGGGUAGGAAAGCUUGGAGAGAGGGCAUAAAAGAGGCUGUGAUAUGUACACGGACAAAAUGCAAGUCUAGUUUGACAACACACACAUCUACCUGGUGGAAAACUCUUCACCUUGUGCAGGAGAGAAUACUGAAGGCCUACAAACGCAUGGAGAUUCUAAAUAGUCUCGAGCUGGGUGGGUGAAUGCCGUGGUAUGGCACAUUUGGCCAUAAAAGAGGCAUCACUUCCAGGGUAAGUGACACCUUCAUAUACAUCCUAAUGUUUGUGAAUGUAUAUACUGUAAUUUGUAUUUAAAUAAAUGAAAAAUUUAGC